AUGAGGCGGUGGGUGGUGACAAUUAUCACCCUCAUACAUUUGGUAAAUGAAGGUGAACAAUUGGAAUUACCGUGUUAUGUACAAGAUCUCGGUUCAGAAUCGAUUAUCUGGCGACGAAAUGAGAAUCUUCUAUUUAUUGACGAGGAGAAUCUCGCUGAAGAUGAGCGCAUGCAAGUCAUAAAGGACGGUUCGAAUUCGACGCUAACGAUUUUUGAUGUGGAACCGAUGGAUAUGACUGACUACGUGUGUGCAGUAUCAGAACCUGAACAAGAAAUCGUCUACAAGAUUAUCGUGAACACACCACCGACCGUCGUCAUAUCACCAGAUGAACCAGAAUAUCUGCUGUCGGUUGGUGAUGAACAUGUGGUUGUACGAUGUCUUGCUAAAGGCAAUCCAACACCGUUGAUUAGGUGGAUACGAAAGGAUGAAAAAAUGCCAACGGAUAUUUCUAUUCGUGGUCCACACCUGGUAAUAUCGAAAGCGAAAAAAUCACAUUCUGGCGAAUAUGAAUGCAUAGCGAAUAAUACGGCUGGUAGCGAUUCGGCGUCACUAAAGAUUCAAGUAAACGAACGUGAAGAUGCGGCGAAUCACGAAGCUCCUUGGGUGAAAACUGAACAAACGUUUGUUCCGGUGAAGAAAAAUGCCGAUGUGAACAUUUCUUGUUCCUACGAUGGCACACCAUCACCGCAAAGUGAAUGGUUCUUUAACGGAUACAAGAUUAAUUUCUCUGAAGAAAGGUUUCGUAACGCUGCUCAAUACGCCCAACGUCGCGUCAAUCAUACCAGUACGAUUCUCACAGUAAUUGGAAUUAAUGAGGAUUCGUUCGGUGAUUACAUGUGCCGAAUAUCAAAUAAUCUGGGCAUGGCUUUUGCUGUGAUCCACGUGAGCGGGCGUCCUGGACCACCAUCAUUAAAGCUAGAUGGAUUUGAUCUUACAUGGACUGUAAGAUCGUAUGAGCCUGUCAUCGAAUAUCGAAUUUACUACAGACCCGAGAAAGCAGACGAUUGGAAUAAGUAUGACAGUAUACGGGUUAACAAAGGAGACAACAAUGGUGAUGAUGUGUGGCAGCACAGUGUUUCGCUUCUAUCGUAUCUUGCAGCCGGGGUACGGUACGAAGUCACGGUUAAAGCUCGAAAUGCACUCGGUUGGGGUUCUUUCGCUCGGGAAAACCUUCAAGUAGAAAUUCCAGCUGAUGCUCAUGGUGAAGUUUCACUAUUUGUUAGUUUAUUCAAAUAUUUCCUGUGUCUGGAGCAAGCAAUUUUGACAACAAUGUGUUUUAACGAUAGGUAA